GCCACAUUGAGAGUUUUUCAGGGAGGUCGGAUAUAUAUAUUUUUUUCCUGAUCUAGAGAAUCUGAAGAAGUUGAACAGGGAGGUAAGAGGAUCUGGCAACCGCGCGCACGAUCGCACUGGAGUUAAAGAAACUUUACGCACGGUCAAGGUGGAGUCCAUAAUUCCCACACGCGCGCGCACACACCAUGGAGAGACGCUCACCGCAGGACACACACUCUUCACCCCCCCGGCUGAAACCAGGCAGUUGGAUGGACACGCAGCGAGCCAGAUGUUAAGUGAGAAAUGCCAGCUGUUGAGCGGCUCGCGAUGCUUCUGAACGGGAGUCAGGUGAACGGCUCCACAGCUGGAGAGCGCGCGCUCCACAGACCGCCGUGGGUCACCACAACGCUCGGCUGCUUCCUCAUCUUCACCAUCGUGGUGGAUAUUUUGGGAAACCUGUUGGUGAUUUUCUCCGUCUACCGGAACAAGAAACUUCGGAACGCCGGGAACAUCUUCGUGGUGAGUCUAGCUGUUGCCGACCUGGUGGUUGCUCUGUACCCCUACCCCCUGGUCCUGACGGCCAUCUUCGGGCAUGGUUGGCAUGCGGGGGCGGCGCAGUGCCAGAUCAGCGGCUUCCUGAUGGGUGUCAGCGUCGUCGGCUCAAUUUUCAACAUCGCUGGCAUCGCUGUAAACCGCUACUGCUACAUCUGUCACAGUCUGCGCUAUGAGCGGCUGUUUAGCGAGCGAAACUCGGCAUGCUACGUGGCACUGAUCUGGGCACUGAGCGUGCUGGCUGUGGUGCCUAACGUGUUCGUAGGCUCGCUCCGCUACGACGAUCGCGUCUACUCGUGCACGUUUGCGCAGUCGGCCAGCGCUGCGUACACGCUCGCCGUCGUCUCCUUCCACUUCCUGCUGCCCAUCCUGGUGGUGGCCUACUGCUACCUACGUAUAUGGGUGCUGGUGAUCCGGGCACGGAGGCGUGCCAGGCCCGAGACGCGACCAGGUGGAGUGACGCCACAGGACGUCCGCAACUUCGUAACUAUGUUUGCCGUCUUUGUGCUGUUUGCCGUAUGCUGGGCGCCUCUCAACGCCAUCGGUCUGGCCGUGGCCGUGGCGCCCGAGCGAGCCGUCCCCGAGUGGCUCUUCGUGGCCAGCUACUUCCUGGCAUACUUCAACAGCUGCCUCAACGCCAUCGUCUACGGCGCACUCAACCAGAACUUCCGUCGUGAGUACAAGCGCAUUAUUUUGUCGCUCUGCACGGCGAGCGUCUUCUUUCCAGAGAACUCGAACGAUGCGCAGGAGAGACUCCGGAGUAAACCGUCUCCGCCCAUCACCAACAACAACCAGGUGAAAGUGGACUCAGUCUGACAAAUACUCCGUUCUAAGAAAAGAACAAAACAAAACACAGCUAGAACAAAGAACCCAUUAACAAACGCAAACAAAACUGUGGAUUUUCGUCUGUUUUUACAGCUGAAAAAAAGCCCUGCUGUGUUUUUUUAAUGAUCUCGCACCUGUCCAGUGUCCAGGGUUUUACAAACACUUUUAAAUGUUUCAAUGAAAAAUGGAAAUCAUUUGCUAGAGCUAUUUUUUAUCUAGAAUGAAGUGUAUGACGUGUAAGAAAAAAUAUGGAUAUAAAUUUACACAUAUAUUUAUUUCUCGACACGAGUCUCAUGACAGGAUUCAGGUUGGUUAUAAAACCGUCCUUUAUGCAUCGUAAUGUGUCUUAAUUUUGUAUUUUUCAUUAUCGCCUGUUUUUUUUCCAGUGCUGCUUUUAAUAUAAAAUGAAUUUUUUUAUUUGUUACAGAAAAUUGAAGGUAUUUCGUCGUCAUGCUGUCGGUUUUUUAUUACGUUUGGUACCGGUGAUGUCGAUGAUUGUGUUAAUGACUGUUGAUGAUUAUUCAUUUAAACAAAAAUCUGAUGUGGGUUUUACAGAAUGAACAGAUCUUGAAUAAGAAAACACAAUGAUUUUUUUUAUUUCUGGUCUCCUGAAUCUCUGUGGUUAAAAAUACCAGCAGAACUUUCCCCCGAUGUUUACUGUUUUUUAUAGCGGUGCACUGUUAGCGCUCUGCUCAGCCAGCAAGCAAUACAUCCGGAGCGCUGCUUACCCACAAUCCUCUACAAACAUCUUCUGAACACAAAAUCUGUUAGGAAACAUCCAGCUGAUCUCUCUGGUGUUUCUCCAGUUACUCUGUCUGCUUACAUCUUUUACUUUUUGGGGAAAAAAAACUCUUUCUCAAGAUUCUAAAUUCUCUCGGUCUGUCUGUCUGUCUCUCUCUGUCUCUCAAUCACUCUUACUGUCUUUCUCUUUCUGUUGGUCUCUCUGUCUCUCUUUCUGUCUGUCUGUCUUUCUUUCUCUGUCUUUCUCUUUUUGACUGCCUGUCUGUCUUUUUCUUUCUGUCGGUCUCUCUAUCUCUCGUUCUGCCUGUCUGUCUCUCUCUCUGUCUUUUUCUUUCUGUCAGUCUGUCUGUCUCUCAAGAGUUCUUUCUCUCUGUUUUUCUCUUUCUGUCUGUCUCUCUCUCUGUCUUUCACUUUCUGACUGCC